UGUACAUGAAGCACUGAAGGCCACAAUGACCAGCAUCAACAAAUUCAAGGACCGGGCAGGACCUGAGCAGCGGAAACUCCAGCAGGGAGACUGUAACUCCUUUGAAGGUCAGACCCUAACAGGGGUAGACCACUCUUCAGGCCAGAUUGAGAAGGUCGUUGAGGCAUUGGUUGGUUCACUAGCCCGGAGAUUCAGUGACAUGGGAGGUGAAGUCCUCAAAGCUACAAAAAUAGCGGACAUGCAGUCAUGGCCUCAGGAGCAUGAAGAUGAUUUUGGGGAUGACUUCAUUGGAGUGAUUAUCGACCACUACAGGGAGCACUUCGACAAUGUUGGAGUAGAUGUAAGUGCAAUCGAAGCAGAGUGGACCUCCCUCAAACAAGCAUUGUACGAAAACCAGGGGAACAAGAUUCACUCCAUGUCCUGGCCAUCUGUGUUUGAGCUUUACAAGAGCACGUUUCCAAAUAUCCUGCAUGUAAUUGAUCUGGUCUUAUCACUCCCUGCCGCCACCUCUGAGUGUGAGAGAGGAUUCUCUCAAAUGAAGAUUACCAAGUCCCAGUACAGGAAUAGACUGAAGGCUACCACCAUGACAAUGCUCAUGACAAUUCAGCUGCACUCAGAACCUACAAAGGAUUUUGAUCCAUCAUCUGCCAUUCACCAGUGGAAUCAAAACCACAAUCGCAGACCCAACUUCAUGGAGGGAAGAAAGAAAGGCAGAAUGGCAGCUUUGGAGGGAGCCAAACAAGUGCAGGAAGAGAUUGAUGGAGUUGACGGAGUGGAUGGUGCUCAAAUGGUUGCUGAAGCUGCUGGGGGUGCAGUAGUUGAAGCUGAAACCAAUGAGAUAAACUCUGAUGACUCAGACUGGUUUACAGACAUGGAGGAUAAUGUAGAUUCUGACGAUGGUGAGAUGGAAGAUAGAGGUCUUGUUGGUGAGGAUGAGGAAUGAUUGUGGUAGUCUGUUGUAGACCAAUUACUACUGCUAUUACAGCAAGUAUUACGGUUUGUAUUACCAUUUUGCCUAAAUGAACUGAUGUUGAUCGUUUGAUCCACUGCUAAUAUUGUUCAUGUCCCUUGUUCUCAGUCUGUUGUUCUACUUUAAUAAAUUAUUGUUUGUAA